AUGGACGUCAGAAGUAUAGCCAACUCUUCCUUAUCCGAGUAUCAGCCAACUCCAAGCUAUAACACCAAAAGCCCCGAAGAUACAUGGCAGAACAAAUUGCGCAAAUUCUUCCGAUGGACAUGUACCCCGAUGGGAGCCUGCAUUACCAUUUACGGACUAAACAUUGUCGCCUGGGGUGGGAUGCUCUUCCUCCUCAUGUGCAACGCAGCGCCCGCGAUGUGCCACCCAAGUUGCGACAGUCUUGAAUCCCCCCGUCGCAUUUGGAUUGAGAUCGAUUCACAGAUUUUGAAUGCCUUGUUCUGUGUCACUGGCUUUGGACUCGCCCCGUGGCGUAUUCGUGAUUUCUACCGAUGGUGUUGUUGGCGACUAGCCCGGUCGGAUGCGAGUCGACGAAAUGCACUCGCUCGGUUGGCUGAGAUUCACCAGAACUGGUUCCUGCAGUCGGAGGAACCUGAGCUGCCUCGCAACAGCAAACAGUCUCAAACGAAGCGAGCCACGCCGACUCCGCGAUGGAAAAUGGACCUAGUGGUAUGGGGUAACUUGCUCAAUUCACUGCUCCAGGUGUGUUUGGCUGUCUUUAUGUGGGCAUUCAAUCGAUUCAAUCGUCCGAGUUGGGCAACUGGGCUGUUUGUGGGUCUCGCGUGUGCUGUUGCUGGACUUGCUGGCAUCACGAUGUGGUUGGAGAAGAAACGAGUCCAAAAGGCCAGUGAGCAUCCCGGUGCGCUAUUGUUGAUCCCGCGGGCUACCGAUCCUGCUAUUUUAGGAGGGAGCGCAGAUUAUACUCCGGUGGAUAACAAGCCAUGA